GAAGGAAAGAAUUGAUUUUGAUUAAGAAGAAAAGUCCUCUUCAUUUUCUCCGUUCAAACAAACCAUCUUACCUUUCCCCUAUCAAAUUCCAAGAAAAAAAACCUAUUACGUGAUUCAUUUCUUCCCAAGAAAUUUAAUUCAAUUUGCUUUCUCUAUUUCCUUUUGAUUUCUGGAGUGGCAUGCCCUGUACAGAGAAUUAAAUGGCUACGAAGAAGAACAUCUGUGAUCACCAUAGACAGAUAUAUCAUAUAUCUGUACAAUAAUUUCAAUAAACAGAGAAUUCUAUGGAUGAAUUUCCAGGGGCUCUGGGAACACGUGCUAGCUUGGCUUUAAGAUUCGGACAGGCCAUUUUUGCUGGUGCUUCGCUGCUCUUCAUGUGUUUUGAUAUUCAGUUCUACAGUUACACUGCGUUCUGCUUUCUGGUGACAAUCAUGGGUUUAGUGAUUCCGUGGAGCUUGACAUUGGCCGUGGCAGAUGCAUUCUCUGUUUUCGUCAAACGUCCUACUCUUCAACCCGGAUUGCUUUCAAUAAUUAUCAUAGGAGAUUGGGUUCUGUCAUUUCUGUCAUUAGCAGCUUCAAGUUCAACAGCUAGCGUGUCUAAUCUUUUGAUGAAGUCUGAUGGUUCAUUCUGUUCUACAAAAUUAUGCACGCGAUAUCAACUGUCAGCAGCGAUGGCCUUCUUGUCUUGGUUUCUGUCAUUAGCCUCCUCCCUCUUCAACCUGUGGCUUCUUCCUACUUCAUAGCUCGUCUAUAUAUUUAAUUUUCGACGACAUCGGAUGUGCCUGUCGAGAUAAAAAUUAACUGGGUUUCUCCAAGAAAGUUUUGUUGUUAAGAAUUUAGAGUUUGGAUAUCUGCUUUCAAUGGAGAAACUUGUUCAUUGUAGUCUUCUAAGUGUACAUAUAUUGAAUUCCCUCGUGAAAUCUAUCUAUAAUAAAAGUAUGCAUUCUAGUAAAAAAA